AUGCUUAAUCCUUCGACGCCAUUAAACGCAACAACGAACUCGAUGGUUGGAACUAGAAACAAGAAGGAACAAGUACCUGUUCAGAAAAUCUCAGGACUCUUCUACGUUCGGAAUUUUAUUUCACACGAAGAAAGUCAACAACUCCUUUCGCACAUGGAUCACGGUAAUGGUAGUGUGAACACGAAUCACCGAUCGACCAAUAAGAAUGACACGCUAUUAACCUCCAUUGGACAGUCGGAAUGUAUGGAAACACCAUCGCCAUGGAAAACAGAAAUCAUGUCACGACGCACACAACAAUUUGGAUAUCAUUUCAAUUACUUUACAGGUGAAUUGAAGAAAAUAGAGAAAUCUAAUUCUUUGGAAAUGAACUCGUUGGGAAUUCCAUUGUAUUUACAAUCGUUGGUGGAGAGAGUUCAGCAAGAGCAUGCUCGUUUAAAUCUAGUGAAUGUCUCACAGAUUCAUGACUCUUGCAUUUCACAAAUUAUUCUUAAUGAAUAUUGUGGACCUUAUCAAUACAUUAAGAAACAUGCUGAUUCUCUUCAUUUUGGUCCCAUUAUUUCCAUUGUGAGUAUAUUACAGCCUUGUGUCAUGAUUUUAUAUGAAGUCUCUCAAGAUGGUUUGCCAAAUCAAAAUAUCACUAGUGACCAUCACAGCGGUGCAAAGCUUGACCUUUCAGUUCCGAUUAAAGAUUUAAAGCCAACAGGAAAUCGAUCGAGUAUUGUGUUGGAACCCAAUUCGUUGCUCAUUUUGAGUGGCCUGGCAAGAUAUCGAUGGAAGCAUGAGAUUAUAAGUUUGAAAGAUUAUGAAAAGCAUGGAUUUUCACUGAAGGAAGUAAUUGGUACCGACUCGAAUGAGGAAUCCUACCGUAGAGUCUCAAUCACCAUGAGAUCGGUCGUGUCACAUCUCGAAAAGUAA